AUGGAUAGAAAAAGCCUCGCCAGCAAGGAGCCUUACGAGAUUUUCCGAGAGGCGUGCCAUGAGUUUCGAAGUUCACUAACCGAGAAAGACAAGACGCUCUUCAAGGAAUUCUCCGAUGCAAAGUCAAUGCUGAAAGCCAUCAAGGAGGAUGCUAAAUCUCACCCUGUGCAUUCCUCAACACUGACUCAAUGUUGCAAAGGGAUCAACAGCAUUGCAAACCGUUUAUCGCCAUUUUUCGAUGUCGCUGGUCUGUUUGUAUCCUCUCACCCUGAGUUUGCUGCCCUUGCAUGGGGAUCUCUACGACUAGUCUUUGUGCUAGGCUCUAAUCACGCAAAGUUCCUGGAAAGGGUUUGCGAUAUGUUCGAAAGCAUGAGCAUGGUCUUGCCUGCAUACGAGGAAUACGUAUCAAGACUCCGCUCGAGACUUACUGCAAAUGGCCGUGAAGGCUGUACACGGCUAUUGAUGCUCCAUAGCUCGUUCGCAUACUCCACGAUCUGGAGGCCUUUCAACAUCCGAUACGAUGAUCUCAUAAAGAGAUGGAAGGAUCAUCGAGAGAUAUUCGAGCUUGAAAUGUCAAUCACGGCAAAUUUUCAACAAUUUGAGACAGGCGACCGCGUUGAUGAGUUGCUAAAACGGGUUGAUGGUGACUGGGGAGCUAAAACGUCAUACACCAGAGAUCUCAAAGACCUAGACAUUGACUCUCUUCUCAUAAGGCUCAAAUCCUGGAUUGAUCCUCCGACAUGGGCAUACGCACUUGAGAACUCCCAGCACAGGCGAUCAGAAAGGACUACUGAGUGGUUUCUCAAACACGGCAAAGUAUCACGCUGGCUAUCGCAAGUCACUCCUGAACGGAUCCUUUCAGCUUUAUCGGUUCAAGUGGCAGUCGUGUAUUUCUUUUUCGAUCGACAACGGCAAGCUAACUCUACAGCGAUGGCUGCACUUAGAGCUAUACUUGCACAGCUCUUGCAUAUGUUCCGGAAGGAUGAAGCGAUUUUGGACAUCAUAACUCUGCUGUGGGAUCAGAACAAAUCGGGGCAAGUGACUGCAUCUGGGAGCGAGAUCAUAUCAGCUCUUUGCCUCCUCUCAUCUCGAGUUUCCAAGCUUUUUAUGGCCAUCGAUGGGGUUGAUGAGUGCCAAGAUCACGAAGACUUUUUUGACUACCUCAAAGAGAUAUGCCAGUAUUCAAACUCUGUUUCCGUCGCACUCUUCAGUCGCCCUAGCGUGGCUGUCCCUCAGGAUUUGAGCUCCAUGCUUCAACACCUUGAUCUUACCUCGGCGAUGAACUUUGAAUCACUCGAGACAUUCUUACGGCCCAAGAUCCAACAGCUAGCUCGACAUGGAGUGAUAUCUUCAGAGGAAAACAGAGAUCAGGUCGUGAAACUACUUGCUAGUAGAGCCAACGGCAUGUUCUUGUGGGCUCGGCUUCUGGUAGAAUACCUCCAGUCACCCAACCUCUCCAUAAGGCAACGUCGUGAAGCCCUCAAGGAUCUAAACCGACUCCAGGGGCUCGAUGCGCUCUACCUGGAGAUACUACGGUCAAUUGAACAAAGUACUUGGCAAGCCGCGCGGCUGAACAUCACUAGGGCGUUUCAAUUUGUCUCAUAUGCUGCUCGGCCUCUGCAUGUCAAUGAGUUAGAGGUCGCCAUCACAAUACCACUAUCGAGUGCUGUGAACGAGUACGAUACAAUUCCAAACUUUGAGAAGGCUUUGCUACAAAUGUCUGGGGCACUUAUUGAGCUUGAUUCGGAGAAAAAGGCUAGAUUUGUUCACGUUUCAGUUAUUGAGUACUUGACCGAUCAAUCUCGUCAAGACCAGUCUCUAGAUUCAGUAUCACAACUCGUCAAGGAACGGUCCCUGGCGCAACGAUCAUGUGCCUCCUGUUGUCUAGCAUAUCUGCUGUAUAGCAUACCAGCAGAGCCCUUGGGUGGCGGCCCACAAGUCGUUGCGGACCGUGACUUGCAGAAGAUUCGAUAUCCAUUCCUUGAAUAUUCUGCGCAGUAUUGGGAUUUCCAUUUCUCUGAAUUUCUACUCAAACUACCACCAGUACUGUCACAAGAGUGCGAGCUUUCUAUCAAGCUCGCUUCUGACUUUGUUUCGGCCAAGAGAACCAUCAUGUUAUGGAUUGAAGCAUGCUGUGUCUUUGGGGAAGCCCCUCGAACUUUCUCAAACUGGCCACAACGGACCGAUGGCUCCCCUUCUGCUGUUAAGAUUCCCAUACCUAUGUCGGAACAGGCAGUAGCUACCUUGAAAGACGCGGUCAAGAGGCUGCAUCAACUGUCUUUGGAGCUCGCGGACCUGAGACAGGAAUGGCAAGACGUCCUUCUGGAGUCACCGUAUGAGAUCUGGGAACCCAGUAUUGGAGCAUUCCACAACACGUCGUUAUGGGAAUCAGUUCCUGGCUCUAAGAUUUUGGCUCACUUAAGUGACAGCGAUAGUGGAACUAUAAAUCCUAUAUGUCUCAAAUCACUCGUCAGUCCAGACGGCAAACGUCUCGGAAUCAUAAGGCUCUCCACGGAUUCACGGGUCCAUCGUGAUGACAUAGACUGGAGGAUCACAUUUGAAGAAUGGUCUGUUCAUCCCUUUGAAAAGAACUUCGAAGCAGACAUCGCCCUUCCGAAUUUGUCUCUAGGUCCAUUUAUCGAGUCGAUGAAGUGCAUAGACAAGGGCAAUGACCACAGAUUGCUCUUCGAGCUGCCUCUGGCAAUCGCGCCUGAUUUGAGCCGCAUUGUGGCUCCUGGAUGUGUUGCAACAAUUAAUAGACACUCACAAUCCGUCUUAACAAAGAGGAAGUCGCCACAUAUCCAGCUACUCAAUUUCACCCUGACGCCAGGCCCCAUGGGCAACUUGCCGUUCGGAUUUCCAGUUCGUCAAGUCAAAGAUACGUAUGCUCUGUUUAUCUCCGAUUCGACGGAGUUCAUCGUGACCAUUCAUCAGUCCAGGAAGCUUGUCGAUAUCUCUAAAACAUGGGGCAGCAAACUUUGGGUAGCAACCGUAUACAAGGACCACGGGAAGGGGUUGGGCUUACCAUCAAAUUAUCGCUAUUUCACCUCACUUGCGUUCAAGCCCUGCGAGUGUGGUCUAGCAUCGACCGAGCAGUUGAUACUGCUCCAUCCCUUUCUCCCCCUUGCAGCAAUCGUACAGCAUGGACCUCUGUUGAAACGCGAGCCCGACGGAAGUGUUACAGUGCACGAGUUUUUGCACGAUGUUGUCUUGUGGGGAUUUUCGGCCACAGGUAACGACGUUUUGGAUCAUGUUGAGAGAGAUCAUACAAGAAUUGAAUUCCAAGAGGAUGGCGCAUUGUUUUACGGCAAGAGGCUUCUACCUCAUGGUCCAACGCAAAAGCAGGUUAUGGUUAAGAGGAGGGAAGAAAACAAGAGACAAGCAUUUGAUUCGACCAUGGCCACUACGAGUAACUCGUUGGUACAGAGCCUGAAUACCACAAUGAGAGCAACAGAUGCCUCCGGCUUCCAAAUUCUUUCUUCGCUGGAGAAAGCAGGCGCAGGUGCAAUUAUAAGACAGACGCUACGAGAGGAUGGUUUUAUGGUGCGUCAGGAAAUUACCAAGUUGCCAAAGAGCCUUUUCAACAUUGCGGAUCCGACGAUUAUACCUCAGGAACGGAACAUGGUACAGGUUGUAGUCAACCGAGCAAGUUGUGUUUUUGAACCUUAUGAAGUUCAUAUUGGCCAAAAAAAUUCUGCAAAGGGGUCUUCCAGCGCAAAGCUACCCUUAGUUCUUGAGCGACAGGAAGAGACUAUACCAACUUAUAUAGGCACGGGAUCUUACUCGCUUGAGAAUGGCAUGAGGUUUCAGUGCGAGAAGCGCAGGCUUGAAGGGCGAGAUAGUGACGCAAAGGCGAAUAAACGGCGCCUGCUAUAA